GUGGUCUGGUGUAUUGAACCUCCACGACUCCUUUUGUCUGCCAAAUAUACUCACAGUCCUCUCCUUUCAAUCUCUCUGCAUCUCCUUUUCCGGCAAACUCAUCGGCGAUCCGCCAAUUUGUGUUACGCUCUCGGAUGUGUGCUGAUUACCGGGUAGCUUCCAAUUCCACAGAAGAUGUCACUUUCCAGGCUUUCUGGAAGACUCAAUCUUUUCCUUUCUUUAAACAGGAAUCAUCAUUAUCCCCUUCCCACAUCCAGGAACCAGCUUGAAAUUGUAGUGUCAAAAGAUAGAAACCUUGGGGCACUUGACAUCAGAUAUGGACAACUCUUUGAUUUUGGAUGUCGAGGUUUCACGUCAAGGUGUGAUCUUAACAAGUCUGCAAUUGAUAACUGCAAAGGGUUGUCCCUUUUGAGAGGACAGAAUACAGCUAGGUCUUGGCAAAUGUUGAAUCUUCGUCAUCAUUAUGCAUCUCAGGCUACUACUGCAACGGAGAAGAAAUCAAAGAAGAUGCUCUAUUACUUGACGGGUUUGGUAUUUGCUAUGGUAGGGGCUAGUUAUGCUGCAGUUCCUCUGUACAGGAGAUUCUGUCAAGCCACAGGAUAUGGAGGUACAGUUCAACGUCGUGAGAGUGUUGAAGAAAAGAUUGCGCGGCAUGCAAAAGAUGGAAGAGUUGCUUCUAGGGAGAUUGCUGUACAAUUCAAUGCUGAUGUAGCGGAUGGAAUGCCUUGGAAGUUUAUUCCAACACAGCGAGAGGUAAAGGUAAAACCAGGGGAGAGCGCUCUUGCUUUUUACACUGCUGAAAAUCGAAGCUCGGCUCCCAUUACAGGCGUAUCAACAUACAACGUAACCCCCAUGAAGUACCUAGGAACACUGUUUCAACUAGUCCUUCUUUUGAAUUACAAGAGACAAGUAAGAGCUGUCGAUCCGAAAUGGGGUUGCCCAUUCAAGGGACAUUGUCAUCUCCUACUAGUGGCCCCAAAACAGAGAUGAUUAAUGUGAGAUACAACUUGCAAUUUCUUCUUCCACAAGUGAAAGUUUCUCAUCCUUGUAUUCUUGAACUUCAUGUAGAUGUGUUAUAUGAUGAAAGACCUAGAUCAUUAAGCUGGAGUGUAGUGCUCAGGAGAAAUGUGCAGGAUUGGGAGAUGGGGAGUCUGCUUGAACUACUUACUAAUGUGGAGAAAUAUAAUAUGAAUGACACAUGUGCUAAUACAUUGUUAUGGGGAACAAAUAACUCUUUCACUGUGAAAGAUUGUUAUCAUCAUAUAUGCUGCCAGAAUCAGAUCACUGAGCUUUGGCCCUGGAAACUUAUUUGGAAGACCAAAAUGCCUACCAAGAUCAUCUGCUUUUGUUGGAUUGCCGUCCAGGAAGCAUGGUUAACAAUAGAUAAUCUGAACAAAAAAGGCCUCGAACUGGAAGAUAAGUGCUAUAUGUGUCAAAAUAGCCCAGAAACAGUCAAUCACCUGCUCCUUCACUGUGCAGUGGCAAAGGACCUAUGGAAUAUGUUCUGCUGUAUUUUUGGCUUACAAUGGGUCAUGCCACAAAAUGUGAAAGAGGCUUAAGCAGGCUGGAAUUCAUGGAGAGUUGAUAAGUCCAUCAAGAAAGUCUGGGUGAUGAUCCCUGGAGUUAUUUUUUGGAGUUUAUGGACUGAAAGGAACCGUAGAUGUUUUGAUGGGAUUUCAACUCCAAACCACUCUCUUGAAGCUAGUUGUCUAUUUCUUCUGUUCAGUUGGGUUAAUCUAACCCCUGUAUUUAGCACUGAACAAUUUUUGGACUUUUUUAGGUCUCUAGUGCUAGUAUGACGUAUUGUAAAGAAGCUAACAACUAUUGCUUGUGCACUCUGUGAGCCCUUUUGUUUCUCUUGUAAUUCUGCAUCUACUUGAUGCCUAUCUAUGAAACACCUUACUUCAUCAAAAAAAAGACCUAGAUCAUUAAGGCAUGUACAUUUCUUUUACCUUACUCCUAAGUCUAGGUUUUAGUCUCACGAUAUCACUUUUUUCAGUCAGUAUAUGGUAUUGAAAUCCUUUCGGUGUUGGUUGCAUGUCUUGGAGGAACAUAGUCACCGUCUUUUCUGUAUUUUCAUUUUAAUCGCCUACUCGUUGUGUACAAAAUGAAGCUAUUUAAAAAGUAAUUUUUUUUCCUUUAAUCUAGUUGCUUCCACUAAACAUUGGCAUAUGCUUGUUUGCUUCGAUAAGUGUGUGCGGAAGUAUUAUGUAUCCAUUUUGGGCAGUUGCAUCGAAGUUUCUAAUGCGAAACAAAA